AUGAACGACCCCGUGAUUGUCGUCGGAGGUAGCCUCACCGGCCUCACGACAGCCAUCCUCCUCGCCUCGCACGGCGUCCAGACCAUCCUCCUCGAACGACACCCGACUAGCCAUCCGCACCCGCGCGCUCUGGGGCUCACACCGCGCAGUAUGGAGAUCUACCGGUCUGUCGCGUUGGAUGGGCGUAUCCCGCAGCUUCCGUGUGGGUUUCGCUUACGCCGUGCGCGCGUCGAGAGUUUGAUGGGCAAGUGGUUUGAUGAAGUGCCGUGGACGGAGUCUUCUUCGUCUUCUGAUAUGUACUCUUGGAAUGAAUACUCCCCCUGUACUGGAGGCGCGUUACCUCAAGAUCGGAUCGAGCCGAUUCUGCGAGCGAGAGCAGUCGAGUUGGGUGUCGACCUGCGCCUGGGAGCGCGUCUGGUGGAUUUCCAACAGAACGAAACGGGAGUCACGGUCCUUGUACAGCAAAAACAGAAGGAAUAUAUUCUUCGAGGGUCGUAUCUGGUCGCCGCGGACGGGAGUCACAGUUUCGUACGGGAACGGCUGGGCAUCCCCCGCGCAGGACGAGGACUCCUACAGACAGUCCGCAGCGUGGUGUUCCGGUUGCCACCGCUGGAGAAAUGCCUGGAGGAGGGCAUCACGCAGUUUGUGAUUGAUCGGGCGGACCUGCGUUGUUUCCUGACUGCGUACCGGGACGGGCGGUGGCUGUUGGUGGUGUACGACGACGAAGAACGGACGGAAGACCAGUUCCGCCAGGUUAUCUGCAGCGCUGUGGGCAACGAGACCGAUCUGGACGAUGAGGUCGAGAUCAUCACCAUUGGCCGAUGGCAGGUCAGCGCGUUAAUAGCCGAGAGCUUUGUCGCGCGUCGGAUCUUCCUAGCCGGCGACGCCGCUCACACUCUACCACCCAACCGGGGCGGGUACGGCGCCAACACGGGCAUCGACGACGCGCACAAUCUCGCCUGGAAGCUGGCGCAGGUGUUGUCUGGGACGGCGGGCCCGCGCCUGCUCGACACGUACGACGCUGAGCGCCGGCCGAUCGCCCAGCUGCGACACCAGCAGAUCUUCGCACGGGCGGACUUCCAGUCCACGGAUACAGACCAUGAAGGAGAAUACUCGUCGUCGGCGGGGCCGGUGUACGACGAUGUCGCCAUGGAGUUCGGCCAGCGGUACCUUGACGGGGCUCUUCUCAGGAAAAAAGACGGUGAAAUGUUACCCGCUGCUUCCCGUCCGGAACAAUGGGCUGGGAUGCCCGGCACGCGAGCACCCCAUGCGUGGAUCGAGAAACAGGGCGAAACGGUCUCGACGUUGGAUCUGUUCGGGCGGCAAUGGACAGUGUUGUCCGAAUCAGCGGGGUGGAUGGACGCCGUGGCUACCAUGCAUCAGCAGCAAAAGCAGCAGCAACGAUCAAUAGAAAAACAGACGCUACCCAUCCAGGCAGUACAUGUCGGCAUCGACGUGCGCUUCUCAGAACCUGGGGAGUUCGGCCGUUUGAUGGGCGUGUCGAGCACGGGCGUGACCCUCGUCCGGCCAGAUGGAUACAUUGCGUGGCGCUCGGAGAAGCGCGUACGGGACCCUGUGCAAACGCUGAAGAAGGCCUGGAAGGAGUUAACGGGGUGGGAAGAUGCAGAUGGGGCAUACCAAAGUCUCGAGCAGAGGCCGUUGAGAGCCGAGCUGUGA